UAAAUUUUAUAUAUAUACACACGCACACGCACAUACAUACGUACAUAUAUACAUAUACAUAUAUACAUAUAGUAUAUAAUAUUUCAGAUAGAAUAAUGGCAGGAACUUCUCGGCAUGACCGGGAGAUGGCAAUAAACGCUAAAAAGCAGCUUACUGAGUGCACGGACCCAUUGGAGCGGCUGCGGCUGCAGUGUCUGACGCGUGGAUCAUCGGGGAUUAAAGGCCUCAGCAGAGCUUUUCGCAUUAUGGAUGACGACAAGAGCCGAACACUGGACCUGAAGGAGUUCAUGAAGGGGCUGAACGACUACGGCGUUCUCAUAGAGAAAGAUGAGGCCAUUGCACUUUUUCAGCAAUUUGACAGGGAUGGAAGUGGACAGAUUGACUUUGAUGAGUUUCUCCUCGUUCUCAGGCCACCAAUGUCCAACGCGAGGAAGGAGGUGGUCAUGCAGGCUUUCAGAAAGCUGGACAAGACUGGUGAUGGCGUGAUCACCAUUGAAGAUCUGCAAGGAGUGUAUAAUGUGAAACAUCACCCUAAAUAUCAGAACGGGGAAUGGACUGAGGAGCAGAUCUUCCCCAAAUUCUUGGACAACUUUGAUUCCUCGGAUGAUAAGGAUGGCAAGGUCACUAAAGAGGAGUUUUUAAAUUACUACGCUGGUGUGAGUGCCUCUAUUGACACUGACAUCUACUUUAUUGUGAUGAUGAAAAAUGCCUGGAAACUUUAAACUUACGUCUGCAAAUGUCUGUCCCAGGGUAAAGUCCCACCGGAUGGAAAUCCUUCUUCUUUAAAAACAUCAAGCCAGACUAAAUCAGCACAUGGAAAACAGAUUUCUAACGUACCUGUCCUGAUUCAAUCAAACCAAAAUCAGUCCUGUGACAUUACGCUAUAGACGAGACCAGCUAGAGACUGUGUGGUAAAGGUCAUUAAGGGCUGUCUGUAGAUUAUAAACCCUAAAAGGCAUGGUUUAUUGAGUAAAAAAAGUAUAUGCAUUUAUUUUGAUACAGAGCUAGAUAUGAGCUAAGCUGACUAACAGCUAACCUGAAGUUUACGUCAUAUCAGAGCCUCAUUUCUUAUUCAAAAUAUUUAUAAUCCUAACUGCUGAUGCUGGAUACUGUAAGAUAACAGUGUACCUGAAAGAAUUUAUAGUUCUAUCAUAAAUAUUCACAAGCUUAGCUGCUGAUGUUAGCUAGCUUGCUAAUAUUAGCUAACCUGUCAGACCUUCUGAAAGAAUUUAUAAUCAUAUCAUUGACUAUAUCAUAAAUAUUCAGAAUCUUAAGUGCUCAAAUAAUAUAAGCUAACCUAUCAGAGCUUCUGAGAGACUUUUAAGUCAUAUCAUUGACUAUAUCAAAAUAUUCAGAAUUUAAGCUGCAAACAUGAGUCGGUUUGGUAAAAGCACAACCUGACAGAAUUUCACAGAGAAUCUUUCAUGUAUUAAUGUUAACCGUUUACUGUACAUAUUUUUAACCAUUACCAUGAGCAAACCUAACAGGAUUUCUAAAAGGAUUUUUAAUUUAUAUUCCUAAAUGUUCUUACCUGCUAACAGUCAGCUUGUAAAUUGAAUUUUAUCCCAUCAGGAUUUCUGAGAGAAUGUUUGUUGGUUUCAUUUCACUGCCAAUGGACACAAACCAUUCCAGUAAAAAAUAAAUAAAUAGCCCCACAGAAUAAAUAACUUCACAAGUUCUGAUGUCUGUAUAGAAGGUUCAUAGCGUUUAGUUUUAAUUACAGACUGCUUAUGCGUUUUAAUUGAAUCAGGAUCUGUGUUCACAACACUUGUAGAUCUUUUCUCACAGCAUAACAUCAGUUUGAGAAAUUUCAGAAAUAAAAAUGCUUCUAAUGUCUUUCCCUACUUUCCUUCUUUGGAUCCACUUUCCUAGGCUUAUGGCUGUUCACAAAAGACACAGCAGACAAAUUCUUAACACGGUGCAGUAUUUCUCAGUGCAGUCAAGCAGCAGUCUCUCUAUCUCUGUUAUCUGAAAAAGGCAGGUGAUGUGGCAAACCUGCUCCAUGUAGCUUUUCUGUCUAUUUAACUGUUGGCUUAUUUAACGUUCGCACCUGCUUGUGUUUUUAACUGAGAAAUACUCUUUUAGACUACUGCAGCCAGAAAUGAUCAAUUACUCAUAUGACUGAACAUGGGUACUGUAGUGUUUCUGCCUGGGUCUGUUGGGCAUUUUUAUCUAUUCCUUCAUCUUUCCAUUUCACUGUGUAGCUACAACAUGGGUGAUGGAAAUCUUUUUAUCUUUAUAAGGGAAAAAUGUAGUGAUCUUAGGGGGAAUUUGCUUGGUGGAAAUAAUUUCAUCCACUUUCCUCACUGUAGGUUACAAAAGAGGAGUUUUUCAACUAUUACAGUGGAGUGAGUGCGUCCAUCGACAGCGAUGUCUACUUUAUUCUGAUGAUGAAGACGGCAUGGAAGCUAUAAGAGUUUUCUAAUCUUAUUUUACUUAAUU